GUGUUACUGCGCAUGCGCACAUUGAAACACGAUGACUUGUUUCCAUCUUGUUACUUGUUUGACAGAAAACGAGCCGGUGUUUGUUUGCCACGUUAUUCCAACAAGUUUUAUUAGAUAGUUCUUAAUUCCAAGCACUGAAAGCCAAAUACAACAAACACAAAAUGGACUCAAUGACAAGAUAUGUAUCUCCAGUCAACCCAGCAAUCUUUCCACACCUGACAUUAAUCCUGCUGGGAAUUGGCAUCUUUUUCACGGCGUGGUUCUUCAUCUACGAAGUAACGAGCAAUAAACACACGCGCAGCCUGCGCAAGGAACUACUAGUCUCAUUGGUGGCCUCAAUAUUUUCUGGAUUUGGUAUUUUAUUCCUGCUAUUGUCAGUUGGUAUAUAUGUUUAAUAAAAGCACUCAGUAAUUUAAGAUUUAAGUUGCAACUACAAAAUCACAACAACCACAAGACUCAGUCUGUUCUGCUUUUAUUUAGAAUUACAAACAUGGGUUUAAAUUUUAAAUAUAUUUUGUUUUUCUAUAAUAUAAUAAUAAUAUAAGUCGAUAAAAUGUGGUUUAUAACAUUUCUCAAUAAUAGCAAUCAAUAACAA